CCCCCUCUCUCUUCCCGGCCAGCGCUACCAUAUCAAGGUUGUCGCCGUGGUGAACGACACCACUGGCACGAUGAUGAGCUGCGAUGCCAAUGCAGGGCCGUGCGAGGUCGGCCUGGUUGUCGAUGCUGGCACCAACAGCUGCUUCAUGGCGGAGGCACGGCACGUGGAGGUGGUGGAGGAGAGCGAGGGCCGGAUGUGCGUGGUCACCGAAUGGGGCUCCUUCGGGGACGACGGCGCCUUGAACGACGUGCUGAGCCCCUACGACCACCAGCUGGACCAGGCCUCCCUGAACCCGGGGAGGCACAGGUUCGAGAAGAUGAUCAGUGGCUUGUACUUGGGUGAGAUCGUCCGGCACAUUCUGACUGAGCUCUUCAGCAGGCGCACGGCCCCUGCCCUCCUGACCAAGGGGUCGGUCCAGAUCCAGGACAUCCUGGAGAUCACAGACGAGCAGUUUGGACUGGCCACGGCGCGGCGUGUCCUGCGGGCGCUGGGGCUGGAGGCGAGCGACCAGGACUGCUUCAACAUGCAGCAGGUGUGCAAGGCCGUCUGCAUUCGCGCCGCCGGUCUCUGCGCCGCCGGCCUGGCCGCCAUCGUCAGCCACAUGUGCAGGAGCCGGGAGCUGAGCCGCCUGAAGACCAGUGUGGCCGUGGAUGGAGUCGUGUUCCGGGCCCAUGCCAAGUUCAGCCAGACGCUGCAGCAGCUGGUGAAGCAGCUGGCCCCAGAGUGCGACGUCACCUUGGUUCAGGCGGAGGGCAGCAGCAAGGGGAUUGGCAUGGUGACUGCUGUGGCAUCUAGGCUGGCAGCCCAGCGCCUCCAGGUGAACCAAACCCUGGGACUGCUACAGCUCUUGCCUGCUUCCCUGGGUACGGUGCAGGCCUUGCUGAGGCAGGAGAUGGAGCUGGGGCUGAAGAAGGAGACGAAUGCCAGGUCCUCUGUCCGCAUGCUGCCCACCUACAUCUGUGCCACGCCCGACGGCUCGGAGAGAGGCGACUUCUUGGCGCUGGACCUGGGCGGGACCAACUUCCGGGUGCUGCUGGUGAAGGUGGGCAGCUGGGAGCGGGGCGGCGUGCAGAUCGUCAGCGAGGUGUACUCCAUCCCACCACACGUGGCCCAGGGCCCCGGCAGCCAGCUCUUUGACCACAUUGUUGAGUGCAUCGCGGACUUCCAGACCAAGCAGGGCAUGAUGGGCCAGACGCUUCCACUUGGCUUCACCUUCUCCUUCCCCUGCCAGCAGACCAGCCUGGACCAGGGCAUCCUGCUGAGCUGGACCAAAGGAUUCAAUGCCUCGGGCUGCGUGGGGCAGGAUGUGGUGAAGCUGCUCCGGGAGGCUGUGAAGCGCAAAAAUCACUUUGCGCUGGAUGUGGUUGCCAUAGUGAACGACACCGUGGGAACCAUGAUGUCGUGUGGCUACGAUGACCCCAGCUGUGAGGUCGGCCUCAUUGUGGGCACGGGCACCAACGCCUGCUACAUGGAGGAGCUGCGAAACGUGGGCACCCUGGCAGGGGAGGAGGGGCGGAUGUGCAUCAACAUGGAGUGGGGGGCGUUUGGUGACAACGGCUGCCUGGACGCCUUCUUCACCCCCUUCGACAGACAGGUGGACGAGGCCUCGCUGAACCCUGGCAGGCAGAGGUUUGAGAAGCUCAUCAGUGGCAUGUAUCUGGGCGAGAUCGUCCGGCGCAUCCUGCUGGAGCUCACGGACAAGGGGUGCCUGUUCCGAGGCCACCCGUCCCCCAAGCUCCAGACCCCGGACAUCUUCCAGACUAAGUUCCUGUCGUCCAUCGAGAGUGACGGCCUGGCCCUGCGGCAGGUGUGCGCCAUCCUGGAGGAGCUGGGGCUGCAUGUCAGCUGCGAGGACAGUGUGCUGGUGCGGGAGGUGUGCCAGGUGGUGGCCCGGCGCGCGGCCCAGCUCUGUGGGGCAGCCGUGGCUGCUGUGGUGGAGAAGAUCCGGGAGAACCGGGGCCUGGAGCAGCUGGCGGUGACGGUGGGCGUGGACGGGACGCUCUACAAGCUGCACCCACACUUCGCGCAGCAGGUGCAGGAGACGGUGCGGCAGCUGGCCCCAUGCUGCAGCGUCACUUUCCUGCAGUCGGAGGACGGCUCGGGGAAAGGCGCCGCGCUCAUCGCAGCUGUUGCCUGUCGUGUCGCCCGCCACCAACGGGCCUGAGCCUGCCCCGGAGUCCUGCAGCCAGGGGAGAACAGCUGGGUGCAACCCUGCUCCGCCCAUGGGGGUUGCGCCAGGCAGCUGGGACGUGGACUCAGCCUGGGCCCUAUGCCAAAGCCCCUGUGAAACGGGCUCUCCCCUGCCCUGUGCCAGGGCAUCGCGCCAUCUGACCUGGCAUUCGGGGGUUGAAGCAUAAACCAGCCUUUUGCACAACUCAGCGGUGUAGUGUGUCUUGCU